AUGCCAGGUGUUUCUACCUCUAAAAUCUUUAGGAGCCUACUUUCUCUGGAUAUAACCCAGAAGAUGAGAACAUCUACCUCUGGUGGCCAUCACCAUCUGAUGGAGGGAAGGCAGACACCAAUUCAGGCACAUGUUCUUAAUUGUGAAAAUCCCAUGAAAGAGAGGAAGUCUAUGAUUGCAGUGAGCUUCAUAGCAGCGUUCCUCUUCCUGCUGGUUGUGCGCCUUGUAAAUGAAGUGAAUUUCCCACUGCUGCUAAACUGCUUUGGACAGCCUGGCACAAAAUGGAUACCAUUCUCCUACACAUAUAGGCGGCCCCUUCGAACUCACUAUGGAUACAUAAAUGUGAGAACACAAGAGCCCUUGCAACUGGACUGUGACCUCUGCGCCAUAGUGUCAAACUCAGGUCAGAUGGCUGGCCAGAAGGUGGGGAAUGAGAUAGACCAGUCAUCCUGCAUUUGGAGAAUGAACAAUGCCCCCACCAAGGGCUAUGAAGAAGAUGUUGGCCGCAUGACAAUGAUUCGAGUUGUGUCCCAUACCAGUGUUCCUCUUUUGCUAAAAAAUCCUGACUAUUUUUUCAAGGAAGCAAACGCUACUAUCUAUGUUAUUUGGGGCCCUUUCCGCAAUAUGAGGAAAGACGGCAACGGCAUUGUUUACAACAUGUUGAAAAAGACUGUUGACAUCUACCCGAAUGCCCAAAUUUACGUGACCACAGAGAAGCGCAUGAGUUACUGUGAUGGCAUUUUUAAGAAGGAAACUGGGAAAGACAGAGUCCAGUCUGGCUCUUAUCUCAGCACGGGGUGGUUUACCUUCAUUCUGGCCAUGGAUGCCUGCUAUGGCAUUCACGUCUACGGGAUGAUAAAUGACACCUACUGCAAGACAGAAGGAUAUAGAAAAGUCCCCUAUCAUUACUAUGAACAAGGAAGAGAUGAGUGUGAUGAAUAUUUUCUUCAUGAACAUGCUCCAUAUGGGGGGCAUAGGUUUAUCACUGAAAAGAAAGUGUUUGCUAAAUGGGCCAAGAAACACAGGAUAAUAUUCACACACCCAAACUGGACAGUGUCUUGA